UUCCUCAUCAUCCAAAGACUCGAGAUACGAUCAUCUUGACGACAAUCUGUAAACUAUAGCAAGACAGCGACGAUUAUAUCGAAUAGGCGAAAUACGCGAUCCAUAAAUACGCAGGCGCCAUGCGUCACCGGCUUGUUGGCCGUCAUGUUCAGGUUUCAACACCUAGAACACCAACACUUCGUACCCGAUUACCAUGCCUUCGAACCUUUACACAUUGCACCCAACUCACCACCAACUCAAGACCAAACCUCCCCUUCCUUGCGAUUCCAGUAACAACCAACGGCGUUAGAAACUUUACCACCGAGAGAAGGCAAUGGCUGAAGCACGAAGCUAAGCUGGCGGUACGAUACACUGCUUCAUUUUGGGGUCUCUUAGCCUGUUUCGGCGUGAUUUUGUUCUUUGUCAAUGAGGAGAGGUUGGAGCAGGAAUAUCCGACACCACACGAAUGGGGUUGGAUGACACGGAAAUUCCUAAGGGACUCAAAUAACAGCAAGACACCGAAGAAUGGCGAGGUCAAUUGGCCUUGGUCGUUCGAGCUGGCUCGAGGAUUGGUGUUGAGGUUGGAGGAUCCCAAGGUUGACGGCCAGGGUGUUACGAAACUCACGGAUAGAGUCGAUCCUGAAGCGGAGAUCCCUGGGGAAUUUAACCCCUGUGACAUCUCCGGCAAGAGCGAGGAAUGGAGGAGAGGUUACUUCGAGGCUAUUAUGCUGGCUGCAAAAGGCGCGGAACAUGUCGAUGGAUGGGUCCGCGACCUUUCUCGCAACAUCAUCUCACCACCCGAAUUUGUUAUUGGACCCUUAAACCCUAGACCUACGCCAAUCCCUCCAGGACAACCUCAUGCGCCUCGUGAAGAGGACUGUGAAAUUGCUUACCCCAGUGCCGAUAAUUUCUACAUGAAGAUCCUGGGCACCAAAGGCUUUACUUCCCGACAGAAGCUCGAGGCAACACUUGAAUACGCUAGUUACCUGGAAUUCAAGCACCAGUCCGAAGGCGCUGAGGCGCUAUACCACCUGGCUCUCGCAGAGGCUACCCAGGGAGUCGACAUGUCGCAACCCCCUUACAACCCCAAGACGUUCGUGCUGAAUGAGAAGGCCGGUUUGCCCUCACAAAAUGUCCUCGAUGCCGUCACUGCUAUGGCCAACUUCAAAGCCCGUAGCGGGAAAGUCGAUGCGGCUCUCCCUAUUUACCUCUCCCUUCUCAAGGCUCGCCGCUACUUACCUAACGACCCUCCUCCCACUGUUCAAUUAAAGACAAAGUCUCACUCUGUCUUCGACAAAGUCGUCAAAACCUUCUCCCAGGCCGAAUAUCCACCUCCACCACCAGAUGGUACCCAGCCUCCCUGGCGCAGCCGUCACGAACGCUGUCAGGAGGCUUCCCUCAGUCUUUGGAUCGGCGAGAUUCUCUUCUCCACGUCAUCUAAGGACGACGGCCUCUCAUGGACGCGUGACAGUGUCGACGUUGCAGAGGAGCAGCUACGAAACAUGGAUCUUCUAACUGCUGAUAAUGCCGCGAAAGCGACAUGCCGCGAGUGCUUAAGCGCAGGCCUCGCCAACUGGGGUAAAAUGGUCAACAAGCUUGCCAAGGAAGAAGAGCUCCAGCAAGCAAAGGCUUCUACACAGUCGGGCGUGUUCUCCUUCUGGAGCGCCACCCCACCAAGUGCUGAAGACCGCUGGACCGCAGAGGAAGCUGUGGUCAGGGAGCGUGUGAGGAGGACAAGAGAACUGAUUGAGGAUCUAACACCAGCCGGGCCCAAUAUAGCCUCACUGUUCAAAGCGUAAAAUAAUUUAAAACAAAACUUGUAUAACGUGGGUAUACCAGGAGCUGCAAAGGAUCUUGCCACAUCUUUUUUAGCCACUGCUCGAGACUUGAGAUUGGUUCUAGUCUACUUCUAAUGAACAAGAUAUCCCCUUUUCAUCAUAAACUCCGUUCCUGGUGUUCAUCUGCACUCUCCCCACACAUGCACGAUCCGACGAGGUCGAUCCUUCAUGCAACUCCGUCAUGAUUUCAGUCCUCAUCAUCAGAAUCUGCGUCAGGUGCCUCACCCGUCUCCAUAAACUUCUUCCAGCGUCUCAUCUGCUUGAUUCCUUCCUUUAUCUUCUCGGGAUCAGCGCUGGUGACCUCUGGCUUGACCUCCUCUGGCAUUUCACUCCAUUUCUCGUCCGUGAUAUCGGUUGGGCGACGCUCUGCAACAGCCAUGUCAGGGUUGACAAAGUUAGGAGUAAGAGCCACUUCUUGCAGGUAAGCAAGUGCUGGUUCGAGAGCCUGGAUAAGGAUGGUUUCGAUGAACUGGUCUUCUCCGCUAGAGAAGCAUGGGCAGCCAAGGGGCUCGAUCAGGAGAGAUGGGUUUCCUCCGGGCAUGGCUAGGGGAGUGUCUAGAGGCUCCUCUGAGAUGAGAUAGCCGCAGGUGCGCUGUGAUAGUCAGUGAUUUGCGAAACUAUCGCUACUAUAGGGUGUGUGUUUUACCUUGGCUAGGAACUCUUUGAAUUCAGCAUUGACGAGCAAAUCUGUUGCGAAAACAGUGCCCAUGAAGAGCAUGCCGCCUAGUCGGUUACCCCAUUGCGCCCAGUGCUUCUCGUUUUCAAAGAACUGCAAGACAACCUCACAGCUUUGCCCAAUAGCAAUGAUGUCGAUCUUGGCAUUCUUGUUGACUUCAGAAACCUUGUUGAGCACAGUCGUCAUGUGCGCCAAAGGCGACUCGCUUCCAGGAAUCUCAUUGAGUUCCUUGAUGAAACGACGUCCAGAGUGCACCAAACUGGGAAGUGGAACAUCAGCUGCUGCUUCUAUGGUGAGAGCACGCUGUUCUUCAGGCCACCAGAACCGCUGGCCCAUGUUGGCCAGGAUAACGCAAGGAGGUUCCGGGUCAUUGGAGCUAGCAGCCUGCUUAGCAAGUGUCUGAACAACAGAGAUCAUGGUUCCUUUCGCAAGGCCACCAGGCCCAUUGGCGAUGCGGCCAGCAAUCCAUCCCAGGUCUUUAGUUGGUUCGCCAAGGACGACGACGAUGCGGGUAGUUUUGGCAAUGUUAGGGGUGAGGAAGACGGGGGAUUGCCGUUUGUUCUCGGGCAAAAGGUGGUAUUUCUUGAGGCCUUCUUUCUCUAGGCGAUUAUGGAUGAUGUCUUCCAGAGCCACUGUAGUACCUCUAUUAGCAAGGCUACCUAGCCCGAGAGCAUCAAGAUCAGCCGCUUACUGUUGAAGUGGAAGCGCUGGCGCUCAUUGACGCGUGAGUUCUUGCUGCUGAAGUACUUGUAGUAACACUCCGGGUCCUCGAUAGAUCGGACCUCAUCAUCAUCAUUCACAAAAUAACUGCUCCAUGUCAGCGAUGCAUCUUGAAGUAGUCAUGGAUAGCGAACCCAAGACCGGCGAGAUCUCUCGGAAAGGAGACAUCCUUGGGGAGGCCCGACCAACU